GACAGCCGCGAGAGCUUCAACGUGGGCCGCGAGCCGCUCGCGCCUGGCGAGCCGGCGCCCUACGCCAAUGCGUGGCCUGCCGAGCGCGUGCUCCCUGGCUUCCGGGACACCGUCCUCGCUCACCAGGCGGAGCAGGAGGCGCUGGCCGUCCGGCUGCGCCGCCUCAUCGCCCAGGCGCUCGGCCUUCCCCCCGGCCACUUUGACGCGCCCGGCCUCUUUGACUUGCCCACCUAUCAGACCGGGAUGGUCCGGUAUCUGCCGCGCCGAUCCGAGCCCGCCCUGGGCAAAUUUGCCAUCCGGCCGCACGCUGAUGGCGGCAUCUUCACGCUCCUUUUCACCGACGGCGAGCCCGGCCUGCACAUCUGCCCGGACAAGGCGCCGCCGCCGGCCGAUCGCGUGUGGAUCCCAGUGACCCCGCGGGAGGACGCCGCGAUUGUCAACCUUGGCACCGAGCUCGAGCGUUGGUCCAACGGCCGGUUC